CCGCGGCGUGUGCCGGCGACUGUGGGCGCACCUAGUGCGAACGCAAGGCUGCCAGGCACCUUCAGACCUCCGACAACUGAGGUGAAGAGGUUGACAGAGGAGGAGAUGGCGCGAAGACGUGAGAAGGGGCUGUGUUUUUGGUGCGAGGAAAAGUACACGCCGGGACAUCGGUGCAAGCAGAAUUUCUUGAUCGAGUUUGUGGACUCGGAUGACAAGGAGUCGGUGAUCGAGGAAGAAUGGGAGGUUGAGGUCGAGGCGCUCAAUGAAGAGGCCGAGAUCUCAGUCCAUGCGAUGGCAGGCAUUAAAGGCCCGAGGACUAUGAAGUUGCCAGCGUGGUUGAAGGAUCGAUGGGUUACAGUACUCGUGGACAAUGGGUCGUCGUACAAUUUCAUUAAUGCGACUCUUUCUCACAAGCUCAAGUUGCCCACGUCCACGAUUGAGCCGUUCGAGGUUAGGGUGGCGAAUGGCAAGCGUUUGCGGUGCUCAGAGAUGUACCGGGGCGUGCCGAUCAAGUUUCAAGGAGUGACGGUGAAGGCUAAUUUGUAUGCCUUGUCUUUGGUGGGGCCAGAUGUGGUGCUUGGGGUGCUGUGGCUCGAGGGACUUGGAGAUGUGACGACCAACUAUCGAAAAGGUUUGAUGAAGUUUGAGGCCGGUGAUCAGCUCAUUACCUUGAAGGCUAGUGAAGGGGCAACCAAGGAGGUUGGUCUAAAAAGCAUCGAGAAG